AUGGUUCUCUCUGCUCCUAUACGCGUUGCUUUCCGCCGCGUCUCCGGCAUGCGAGCCUUCUCGACAUCUCGAGCCGUCGCGGAUAAUCUGUCGUUCCAGGUGUUUGGGCCAGAGAAUGAGCAGGCGAUGCGUAAGCCGAUUGUGUUCUUGCAUGGGCUCUUCGGCUCGAAACAGAACAACAGGAGUAUCUCCAGGGUCUUGGCGCGUGAUUUAAAGUGCCAGAUCUAUACAGUGGACCUCCGGAAUCAUGGCCAUUCGUUCCAUUCAACGGAACACAACUACACCGCCAUGGCGGAGGAUGUGGAAGAGUUCAUCGACCAGCAGAAACUGGGCCAGUGUGUCCUGAUCGGCCAUUCUAUGGGCGCCAAAGCAGCCAUGACUGUUGCUCUACGGUCCCCUAGCCUUGUCUCUGCUUUGAUCCCCGUCGACAAUGCUCCAGUGAGCGCCCCUCUGAAGGGUGACUUUGGGGCGUACAUUCGAGGCAUGGAGCAUAUCGAGGCAGAGCGGGUCAUGAGCCAGUCAAGCGCAGACAAGAUCCUUCAAGACUACGAAGAGUCUCUACCAAUUCGUCAAUUCAUCCUAACAAAUCUGGUCCGUGAUGAAGACGGCACGAUGAAGUUCCGCAUCCCUGUCUCAGUGCUCGGAGAGGCGCUGAGUGAGAUGUCCGACUUUCCCUACCGCGAUCCCAGUUCCGUGACUUACAACGGUCCCACGCUCUUCGUCCGAGGCACCAAGAGCAGAUAUGUUGGCGAGGAGACCGUCCCGGCGAUCAGACGGUUCUUCCCCCGGGCUCAGAUCGUCGAUGUAGAGGCGGGCCAUUGGUUGAUCUCAGAGAAUCCCGAAUCCUUUAGACAAGCGGUGGUCAAGUUUUUGACCGAGUCAUCUUGA